AUGGGGUGCUCAACGCCUACCGAAGCCAACAAGAAAAUGGCUGCCAUGCCAUCAGAGUCCGAACUUGUCGCAUUCAGCCACAGUGCUGCCGGACACGAAGGAAUCAGCUCCAAUGCCUCAGGCUCCCUGAUCAUUAAGCCGUGCACACAAUCCGAGAUUGACUUUUAUGAAUCUGCCAAAGAUCACCCUCUCUUCCAAGCCCAUAUGCCUACAUUCAUCGGCUCGUUAUGCGAACACGAAGACCAGGAUACUGUGGCACCGCUCCUAGACUCCCAAAACAGCUCUAGUGGGGGUAACACCGACGCCCUCGAGGGAACCGCCGCCGCAGGCAUUAUCGCCGACCCUACACCGGGCCUGAUCAGGCGCGCGACAUGGAAACCAUCUGGGGGAAAGAAACUCUCGACCGGCUUGGCGAUCGUAUUAGAGAAUGCAGCGUUUGGAUUUAAGCAUCCCAAUGUCCUAGAUGUAAAGCUGGGCGCGAGACUCUGGGACGACGAUGCCCCGCUCAAGAAACGUCAAAAGCUGGACGAAGUUUCCAAUAGCACAACCAGCGCAAGUCUGGGUUUCCGAGUCGCGGGCAUGAAGGUCUGGGUUGGACAAGACGGUGUGCAAGACGGUGAAGAUGCGGCGGAGCCAAAUGUGGUGCUAAAAAACGGAUAUAAAUCCUACAACAAGUUCUACGGCCAGUCAUUCUCGAAGGACACGGUGGUUGACGCAUUCACUACGUUCUUUGGCGGUGUGUGGCGGGAAGGAGCUGCAGGGAAGCCAACAUUCAUCAGGAGGCGGGCUGAGUUCGUCGCCCGCCGCUUCAUUCGCGAGCUGGAGAGUAUUCGGUACGUGCUCGAGCAUGAGGAGAGCAGGAUGUACAGUGCCAGUGUGCUCAUGGUGUACGAGGGGGAUGAGGCAGCUUUGGAAGCGGCUAUGGAGUCUGAGAAGAAGGACGACACAGAGGCACAAGUGGACUCGAACCGCCCGGAUCCAGAUCGAGACUCGGACGCUCAUGCUGAAGAAAACGAUGAGGAUGAAGACGAAGAACCGAUACCACAGAAAAUCCAUGAAGUGCGCCUCAUCGAUUUCGCACAUGCUAGCUGGACACCAGGUCAAGGUCCUGAUGAGAAUGCUCUCCACGGCAUACGCAGUCUCCUGGACAUUUUGCACGAGCUUGUCGCAUAG